ACAAGUAUAUAGGGAACCACUGAGCUCAGGCUGAUUGCAUUGGCAGCAAGUGCAACGUACGAUGGCCAGGCCUGUGGUUGCUCUGGUCGGAUUUUUCCUCGUACUCAGUGCAGUCCAGAUUCUCCCAACACAUGGGAGUGAAGGAGUACGGCUGAUCCUAGUCGACCAGAACCACCUCACAACCGCCAACGCUACACUUGGAGGUGUUCUUGGAGAACUAGCCAGAAGAAUUGGAAUCCAGACUAUUGUAUUUGCGGCAGCAGAAGAUGAAAUCGAAGUCGACAAAAAUACGACGACGGUUCAAAUUACCGACAGCGAUACCGGCCUAAACAUUCAAGUCACAGGUGAUGAGGACUCAGUCCAGGACGUCAUCGAAGCAGUGUCGGCUGCGGUAGAAGACACAGGAAGCGACGUCACAGUUCAAGACAACACUGACGAAGACACCACCGAUGCGUCUACAGACAGCGCCGUCGUUGGAGUCAACAUAACCGUGGUGGACACAACCGAAAGUGCCGACUCUACCACCACCACCGAGGCGACCGAGGAAGUUGACUCUGGCAUCAACGUUGACGUCAACGUGAACAUCCCCACCGGAGAGACCCCGACUGAGCCUGCUACCACCGAGACCACCGCCGAGGUCGACACCGGCGUCAAUGUCAACGUGAACAUCGUCACCGGGGAGACCUCGACUGAGGCUGCCACCACCACCACCGAGGCCGCCACCGAAGUCGACUCUGGCAUCGACAUAAACGUGAACAUCGUCACCGAGGAGACCACGACUGAGGCUGCCACCACCACCACCGAGGUCGACACCGGCGUCAAUGUCAACGUGAACAUCGUCACCGGGGAGACCUCGACUGAGGCUGCCACCACCACCACCGAGGCCGCCACCGAAGUCGACUCUGGCAUCGACAUAAACGUGAACAUCGUCACCGGGGAGACCACGACUGAGGCUGCCACCACCACCACCGAGGUCGACACCGGCGUCAAUGUCAACGUGAACAUCGUCACCGGGGAGACCUCGACUGAGGCUGCCACCACCACCACCGAGGCCGCCACCGAGGUCGACACCGGCGUCAAUAUCGACGUGAACAUCGUCACCGGGGAGACCACGACUGAGGCUGCCACCACCGUGGCCACCGCUGAGGUCGACACCGGCGUCAACGUCAACGUGAACAUCGUCACCGGCGAGACCACGACUGAGGCUGCCACCACCGAGGCCGCCGCCGAGGUCGACACAGGCAUCAAUAUCGACGUGAACAUCGUCACCGGGGAGACCACGACUGAGGCUGCCACCACCACCACCACCGAGGCCGCCACCGAAGUCGACUCUGGCAUCGACAUAAACGUGAACAUCGUCACCGGGGAGACCACGACUGAGGCUGCCACCACCACCACCGAGGCCACCGCCGAGGUCGACACCGGCGUCAACGUCAACGUGAACAUCGUCACCGGGGAGACCACGACUGAGGCUGCCACCACCAACACCGAGGCCGCCGCCGAGGUCGACACCGGCGUCAACGUCAACGUGAACAUCGUCACCGGGGAGACCACGACUGAGGCUGCCACCUCCACCACCGAGGCCGCCGCCGAGGUCGACACCGGCGUCAACGUCAACGUGAACAUCGUCACCGGGGAGACCACGACUGAGGCUGCCACCACCACCGAGGCCGCCGCCGAAGUCGACUCUGGCAUCGACAUCAACGUGAACAUCGUCACCGGGGAGACUCACGACUGAGGCUGCCACCCCCCACCGAGGCCGCCGCCGAGUCGACACU